ACGUUAAUAGUACUUUCUCCCCUUGCCGAGACCUCAACGACGAUGGUCGUGUCUCCAGGAGAGUUCGUAAACUACCUCUUACCCCUCGUGCCUGCAGGAAUAUGCGUCGUAGCUUCGCUCUACACAUGCUUUUGCACGACCCAUGGCUUCCACCGAGUGCCACUGCUGGAUCACGAGUUUUUGGACUUCAUGCCAGGGAUUGACCGACUUGAGCUAGAAGAGCAGCUAGCCAACGAAGCUCGAUGGACGUGCGCCGUGUGUGCCUUCAAGAACCUAGACACUACGCUCGAAUGCAAUCUAUGUGGUACAGGUCAACCCAAGGCGGGUGGCCAGGAGCCCUUGACCACACCCCAGCGACUAGCUCGGAGACGACGGCGGUGGACUCGAGAUAUCGACGACGACAACCGCCGCGUGGUAUGGACGGACGUUGGUGCCAACAGCAUCAUGGACAGGUCGUGGGUACUGGAAGUAGUGUCGUCGGCUUCGUUCGGCUUGGCUGGUUCGGACUCGGAUCUAGAAUGCUGCAUUCGCAUUGCUCUUACACCAUCCUCAACCUCAGCAAAGGGCCCACCGCCCGCGGCCACAAGUGUGUGGCCCGACGUCGCGUCCAUGCCGCUCAAAUUACAAUGGAGUCCGUCCCAGCAACGCGAUGCCAACUGCACGAUGCUCGGCAAGGCGCUGUCCGUCCCCGUGUGGGAAGGCCUCGUGGCCAUCUCUCGCCUCAUGUUUUCGUCCAAGUACGCGUGGUUCCUGCAACAGGUCGCAGACAUGCGGCUGCCAGUGGCCGAGCUACGCUUGGAAGUCAAGUCCUGCCGCAUGACCUUGCUGGCGGACGCGACGGCGACGCUACUCGACCUGCAAGGUCCGACCCGAUGUGCCAUUGCCAGACACCAGUUUGACGGCGAAGUGGCCAUCGAUGCUGGCGCCGUCCAACGAGAAUGGUACACGUUGGUGGCUCAAGCGUGGAUGGACCCAGCAACCACAGGGCUGUUCGACAUAACCAACCGUACCAACAACUCGUACUACGUCAACCCCAAGCAACAACACAAUGAUAAUUCAAAAAGCCACCUCGAGCAGUAUCGCGCGUUUGGCCGGUUCUUGGGUCGAGCUCUACUGGACGGCCAAGUGCUUCCCAUUCAGCUCAACCCGGUGCUAUUUCAACUGCUGUUGGGGAUUCCCGUGGAGUUUGAAGAUUUGGAGUGCUUGGACCCUGUGGUGUUCAAGAGCUUGACGUAUGUGUUGGAGUGCCAAGACGUGGCUGAGCUGUGCCUGACCUUCUGCGCCACCAACGAGUAUGUGGAUGGUCAUGUGGAGGAAGUGGACUUGAUCGACGGGGGCCGCCACAUCUGUGUGGACAAGACCAACCGCGUGCAGUAUGUGGAGACAAUGACGAAGUACUUGAUCUGUGGUCGCAUCCAAGACCCAUUGAUGGCCAUGGUGAAGGGGCUGUACGACAUCGUGCCGCCUGAAUUGCUCGUGAUUUUCGACCACAAAGAGUUGGAACUGAUUUUGUGUGGGCUGGCGGUGGUCGAUGUCCAAGACUGGAAACGCAACACUGUCACAUCCCCCAACUUGACUCAGACGCGCCUGGUCGACUGGUUCUGGGACGUGGUGGGGGCGAUGGAGACCCACGACCAGGCCAAGCUGCUGCAGUUCACCACGGGGUCGUCUCGUGUGCCCGUGCAAGGCUUCAAAGGCUUGACGAGCUACGACGGUCGCAUUUGCUACUUUACCCUGAAUGGCGUGGCGUACGCAGCUGGCAAGUACCCCGUCGUCCACGCGUGCUUUAACCGCCUCGACUUGCCAUUGUACCCGACCAAAGACCUCCUCCAAGACGCGCUGAGCACGCUCCUGCUCUCAGACCCCACGGGAUUUAACACAGUGUAG